UCAAACAAAGAAGAUAAUACGCAUAGUCACAACAAAGUAAUUAAUUAGAUCACUCCAUUAACAAGCAAGUAUUCACUUGUUAUCGUAUUAUUUUAUAUUCUUGUUUACUGUCGUCAUCAUGUUCAAUUUUGAGAUUAAAUCACGAUAUAAAAGACGACGAUCUCCAUUUAGUCGUAUUAGUCAAAGAAAUAAUUUCGAGGAGUUAACUUUGAAUUGUGAACAAGAAGAAAAUUUUUCAUCAUGCCAAAAAAAAACGAUAAUCGCAGAAGCCGCAGCGCCACUCGCAGCACGAGCCGCAGUUCCAGCGAUAGUAGUUCUUCACGGUCAAGUCAUCGCAGUUCGUCGGGCAGCAGCGAUGAGGGUAAAGGCCUAGGAGCAAGAAAGCAAUUUGGUCGGACGACUCGGAAUCGGACCGAUCCCCGAGAAGAGACGCCAAGAACAAGACGACCCACAAGGGCAGAAAGAAAGCCGAGAAGAAACAUAAGGAUAGCGACCGUAAGAUUUAUCAUUUUAUUUUACUCAUUUAUUUUAUUUUUUAAUUUGUAAAUUUACAUUACGUUUACGCUCUUAUGUACAGGUAGACGAGAAGAAGCUAAGGAUGCGGAAAAGAAGCCCAUGAAAAAGUCUAACGAAGGACCUAGGCAGGGAUCGGGAUCUGGAACUAAGCGAAAAGCUGGCGACGACGAUAAGAAGCCUGCGAAGAGGAUCGUGAAGGACCAAGUCAAGUCGGCCGUGAAGGACGCUAAGCGGAAGACAUCCAAGAAGGAUCCCCAGCCUCACUUCAGCGGCGGAGGAGCAGGUGAACAGCCAGUUGACGGACUUAUCUUUGUUCGUCGUCAUAGACGGGCAAUGUUUCCGAGGAAGGCUACGCCUGGAUCAGCAGCAUAUGACCUAUUUUCUCAAAACUCUGGCGAAAUCAGUGCGAAACUUCGCUUACAAAGCGGCGUCACGCCUCGGGCAGCUUGCAGUAAUCCCAAUUACCACGGACCAGUGCGAUACGUUGAAGGAACUAAGAAAGACGAAGAACACGGCGUUCAAAGAAGUGAGUUCUUAUCCCGCGAGCCGCGCGGUGAUAAGGGAUUCGGUUCGACUGGACAAUAA